CAUCGAUUAUUUCUGCACAACGUCUGGCUUGACUUUCGGGUAGAAAUGGAAGCAAAACUUGCAAAUCCGGUGAGAAGUCUUUCCUCUGGGAGGGGUCCAAGCGCAGGCAACCUGCCUUUGCAUUGGCGCUGUGGAAGAUGCUGCUAAACAGGAGUGGUAGCUCCUGGACCGCCUCCUUUAGGGAAGAGGAAUCCAGUCUGGACAAUUUUGUAUGACCACACCUAUACACACCUACUCAUCAGCUUUCAUUUUAAAAAAUCGUCAAAUCAAUCUCCAGAUCGUGUCUCUUACUAGGACGGAGAAAGCGGGGAGUUGGGGUUCCCCAAAGUACCUUUCGAUAAAAAAACACCUAUAAUUUCGAGAUCAUGGCUGCUAAGGGCGGAUACAAUGCAAGAGGCACUAUCAAACCAUGUCCUGGCUUUAAUGCUUACCAUGAUGCAGAAAAUCUUCGCAAUGCUAUGAAAGGACUAGGAACUAAUGAAGAUGAAAUUAUUGAGAUUUUGACAACUCGCACCAAUUUUCAACGACAGAAAAUAAUUGAAGCAUUUAAAUCAAGCUAUGAUCAGAGCCUAAUUGAUGAACUGAGAUCAGAGCUUGGAGGGUACUUUGAAUCUGUGGCUGAAGGUCUAAUGCUGACUCCUGGAAAAUUUGAUGCAAAGGAAAUGGCAAAUGCAAUGGAGGGUGUUGGAACUGAUGAACAUGUCCUAAUCGAAGUUCUUGCUACACGGACAAACAAACAACUUUGGGAACUUGCUGAAGCCUAUCAAUCAGAGAAUGCUUCAAGUUUAAAAGAUGAUCUCAAGUCAGAGAAUUCUGGAGACUUUGAGGAACUUUUGGUGUCCCUGCUAAAGGCUAAGCGUGAAGAAAGCAACUAUGUGGAUGGAGACCUUGCAAAUCAGGAUGCUAAAGCAUUGUUUGCCGCAGGAGAAGAUAAGUGGGGAACUGACGAGACCACAUUCAUUAAAGUAUUUUGCAGGAGGAAUUUUGCUCAUUUGCGAAGAGUGUUUGAAGAAUACUAUCAAAUAACUAACAAAGAUAUUGAAGACACCAUCAAAGAUGAAAUGUCUGGCACAUUUCAAAUGGCGAUGCUAGCUCUGGUGCAAUAUGCAAAGAACCCAGCUGCCUAUUUUGCAACAAAACUUUAUGAAUCGAUGUCGGGUGCUGGUACAGAUGACAGAAGCCUCAUUCGAAUUAUAAUCUCUCGGUGUGAAGUAGAUAUGAUUGACAUCAAAGCUGAAUUUAUGAGGCUGUAUGGAAAAUCAUUAUAUUCGUACAUUCAGGAUGAUGUAGGAGGAGAUUAUGCGAAGAUUUUGCUGCGACUAUGUGGGAUGGACGAAGAUGAAGAAUGAAGCGCAUUUACAGUUUCAGAUAAAAUGGCCACGGCCAUGGCUUUGGAAGUGAAAUGCAUGUCUACCCUGCCUCAUUCACUCCCAUUUAUUUGUAUUCUAUAUACUUCACAUAUUAAAGUUUCAAUUCACAGUAAAUUCGACAUUUCGGAUAUAGAGCUGGAUCUUGAAAUACACAAUGUGUUUGUUUAACAGAUUUUUCAUCCUGAAUCAGUGUUCCCAUAAAUGCCAGAUAAACAGUGCAUUUUUGUUCUUGUCAGACUGUUUCCCAUCAGUCAUUGCAUUAACAACUCUGUGUAAACAAAAAUAUGCUUUUAAACAAAAGAUUAGUGUUUGAAACCUAGUUGACAGCACCUAAAUUAUAUUGAAUACGCUGAGCAUUGAAAAUUAUAAUAAUGGAAGACUUUAAUUUCUAAAUUGGCACUUCAUAUUUGUUGAGCUCUGAAUCCUAAUUUGUGCUCAGCAUGAUGUUAUUAAAUAUUUUGUUAAGAGAAGGAUUUCAUUUUGUAUCUACUGCAUUUUUAAUACAAAUAUUAUAGUUAACAGCAGAUUGUGAUUUGAAGAUCUUGGCCCAAUAUUGAAAAUAAAAUUCCUGACAACUUUUCAACUGA